UUGUGUCAGGAGAUGCAGGCUGGCUACCAUGUGACGCGGUCCAGAGCUGAAGGGAUUGGCCGAGGCAGCGCAGGCGGUGCAGCUCGGCCGGCUUGCUGUUCCUCUCCCUUUCUCUCGCAGCAUCUUCCUGGGAGCCUGUAGGUGAAGCAGCACCAGCAGCAUCCAUGGCCUAUCUUUGGGGUUAACAUUUGUCUCAUUUGGCUUCAGCAGUGGACGGAGCAGACCUCUCGGCAGCAGCGUCGUGAGGACUUAGCUGGGACCUGGAAUCGUAUCCUCCUGUGUUUUUCAGACUCCUUGGAAAUUAAGGAAUGCAAUUCUGCCACCAUGAUGGAAGGAUUGAAAAAACGUACAAGGAAGGCCUUUGGAAUACGGAAGAAAGAAAAGGACACUGAUUCGACAGGUUCACCAGAUAGAGAUGGAAUUCAGGGGAAAAAAAAGACCCAGAAGACUCAGCUUCUCCUCACCUCUUGCUUCUGGCUCAGAGCCCUCUCGUUAACUCUGUCUCAGCAGCCCAGCCCACAUGAACCACCCUACAAUAACAAAGCAGAGUGUGCGCGUGAAGGAGGAAAAAAAGUUUCGAAGAAAAGUAACGGGGCACCAAAUGGAUUUUAUGCAGAAAUUGAUUGGGAAAGAUACAACUCCCCUGAGCUGGAUGAAGAAGGCUAUAGCAUCAGACCUGAGGAACCCGGCUCUACCAAAGGAAAGCACUUUUAUUCUUCGAGUGAAUCGGAAGAGGAAGAAGAAUCACACAAGAAAUUUAAUAUCAAGAUUAAGCCAUUACAAUCUAAAGACAUUCUUAAGAGUGCUGUGACCGUGGAUGAGCUGAAGGCAUCGAUAGGCAACAUUGCACUUUCCCCAUCACCAGUGAGGAAAAGUCCGAGGCGCAGCCCGGGUGCAAUUAAAAGGAACUUAUCCAGUGAAGAAGUGGCAAGACCCAGGCGUUCCACACCAACUCCAGAACUUACGAGCAAAAAGCCUCCAGAUGACACUACGGCCCUUGCUCCCCUCUUUGGUCCUCCAUUAGAAUCAGCUUUUGAUGAACAGAAGACAGAAGUUCUUUUAGAUCAGCCUGAGAUAUGGGGUUCAGGCCAACCAAUUAAUCCAAGCAUCGAGUCGCCAAAGUUAACAAGGCCUUUUCCCACUGGAACACCUCCACCACUGCCUCCCAAAAAUGUACCGGCCACCCCGCCCCGAACAGGUUCCCCGCUAACAGUUGCACCAGGAAAUGACCAGUCAGCCACAGAGGUCAAAAUUGAAAAACUACCAUCAAUCAAUGACUUGGACAGCAUUUUUGGCCCAGUGUUGUCCCCCAAGUCUGUUGCUGUUAAUGCUGAAGAAAAGUGGGUCCAUUUUUCUGAUACGUCCCCGGAACAUGUUACUCCAGAGUUGACUCCAAGGGAAAAGGUGGUGUCCCCACCAGCUGCAUCAGACAACCCAUCUGACUCCCCAGCUCCAGGCCCCCCGGGCCCUCCGGGCCCCCCAGGCCCCUCAGGACCCCCUGGUCCUCCUCGCAAUGUACCAUCGCCGCUCAAUUUAGAAGAAGUCCAGAAGAAAAUCGCUGAGCAGACCUUCAUUAAAGAUGAUUACUUAGAAACAAUCUCAUCUCCCAAAGAUUUUGGGUUGGGACAGAGAGCAACCCCACCUCCCCCACCACCACCCACCUACAGGACUGUGGUUUCAUCCCCUGGACCUGGCUCGGGCAGUGGUACGGGGACCACCAGUGGUGCAUCAUCCCCUGCUCGACCAGCCACUCCCUUGGUUCCUUGCAGUAGCACCACCCCUCCACCGCCUCCUCCCCGGCCUCCAUCUCGGCCAAAGCUACCUCCAGGAAAACCUGGAGUUGGAGAUAUGCCCAGACCUUUUAGCCCUCCCAUACAUUCUUCCAGUCCUCCUCCGAUAGCACCCCUUGCCCGAGCUGAAAGUACUUCUUCAAUAUCGUCCACCAAUUCCCUGAGUGCAGCCACCACUCCCACAGUUGAGAAUGAACAGCCUUCCCUCGUUUGGUUUGACAGAGGAAAGUUUUAUUUGACUUUUGAAGGUUCUUCCAGGGGACCCAGCCCCCUGACCAUGGGAGCCCAGGACACCCUCCCUGUUGCAGCGGCAUUUACAGAAACAGUCAAUGCCUACUUCAAAGGAGCAGAUCCAAGCAAAUGUAUCGUGAAGAUUACUGGAGAGAUGGUGUUGUCUUUUCCUGCCGGCAUCACCAGACACUUUGCCAACAAUCCAUCGCCAGCUGCUCUGACUUUUCGGGUGAUAAAUUUCAGCAGGUUAGAACACGUCCUGCCAAAUCCCCAACUUCUCUGCUGCGAUAACACUCAAAAUGAUGCCAAUACCAAGGAAUUCUGGGUAAACAUGCCAAAUUUGAUGACUCACUUAAAGAAAGUGUCGGAACAAAAGCCCCAGGCUACAUAUUAUAACGUGGACAUGCUCAAGUAUCAGGUGUCUGCCCAGGGCAUUCAGUCCACACCCCUGAACCUGGCAGUGAACUGGCGGUGUGAGCCAGCAAGCACUGACCUGCGCAUAGAUUACAAAUACAAUACGGAUGCAAUGACAACUGCGGUGGCCCUCAACAACGUGCAGUUCCUGGUCCCCAUAGAUGGAGGGGUAACCAAGCUCCAGGCCGUUCUCCCACCAGCAGUCUGGAAUGCUGAACAACAGAGAAUAUUGUGGAAGAUUCCUGAUAUUUCUCAGAAGUCAGAAAAUGGAGGGGUGGGUUCUUUACUGGCAAGAUUUCAGUUAUCUGAAGGCCCAAGCAAACCUUCCCCAUUGGUUGUGCAGUUCACAAGUGAAGGAAGCACCCUUUCUGGUUGUGAUAUUGAACUUGUUGGAGCAGGGUAUCGGUUUUCACUUAUCAAGAAAAGAUUUGCUGCAGGAAAAUACUUGGCAGAUAACUAAUAAAAUCAUAUGCAAGGAUUUGGAGGAUUCAUAUAAUGGAGAACUGUUGUAUGAGAAACAGGUUUUAAUUUUGGUUUGAUGAGAACAAACCAAAAUCUGCACUCGGGAUAUAUCUGCUGGAAAUGUCAGUGAUUUUCAGCAAUGAUUUCCCUCACACAAUACCAUGGUGACCAGUCUUACAGUAUUUACUUCUAGGUGUAAUAUUGUUAAUGGUUUUAAAAUGUAAUUAUUGUAUUUGUAAAUUGUACUCAUUCCAGUAAGGCAGUUAGACACUUGAGUUUUAGCAUUUUACCAUUCCUGAAAUGGAUGUAAUUUCAACUGUGGUAUGUAAAUUUAAUAGUAGUACUGUUGAAUGGCACAAUGCUUACAGAGGUAGAUUGCAUUUUGUCAAUAUAUAAAAUUUAAAUAUAAUAUUGAUAGCUGUCAUAAAGGGGGUGCCACAUACAAAGAAAAUUAAGUGGAACCAGGAAAAAAAAAACUUCCUUUUCUUCAAUCCUUAGUAUGUUUUACUCUAGUGCUAAAUAAAAGUUCUAUCUUCAAAUA